UUGAAGCAAUAGGUUACACAUCAUGGUUAAUGCCAUUAAAGGAGUUUUCAUUUCCUGUGACAUACCUAUGGCUCAAUAUAUCAUCAAUAUGAAUGCUUCGGUUCCUGCAUCUGACAAAUUCAUCAUACAUAUUUUGGAUAGUACCCACAUGUUUGUUCAACCCCAGGUGGAACAAAUGAUAAGAAGUCAAAUUGCCAAGUUUAGAGAGGACAAUACCUAUGUCAAGCCCAAUUGAUUCCAAAAGGGCUUCUAUGUCAUCAUCAUAUCAUGUUAUACCUGCAUUGAACUACAAUGAACAUAUUUACACUUUUUUUUUAAUUGAACCUGUUAAGGCCCUUUAUUUGUAACCAAACUUCUUCAGAGGGAAAUAUGAUAUAUUGUUGUUAAUAUUGAA